UAAACCGUUCCCUCUUUCUUGGGAGUGCGAACUCUCGAGUCUCGACAAAGAGGAGGUUUCUCCAAGGGACAUUGAUCGAAACAAACCCUAAAGAGGAAGAAGAGGAAGAAGGAAGAGGAUGCUGAGAGUAGCUGGGAGGAAGCUCACUUCUCUGCCAUGGAGAUCGUCUCCGACAACCUCCACUUUCGUCUCCCGAAACCAAUUCCUUAACGGCAGCGACUCUCUCUCCGAUGGCACUUCUUCCAGAUCCACCUACUGUGCUGAUUCCGGUCUUCGAGAUCUUAGUAGAGGAUUUUCUUCUCAAGCCCUCACACCAGGACAUGAUAUGGGUGCGAUGUCACCCUUUCCAGCUACUGUGGAAGUGGGGAAGAACCCUUCCCCAAAAAUUACCUACGAUGAGUACAACCAUGAACGUUUUCCCCCAGGCGACCCCAGCAAGCGUGCAUUUGCCUAUUUUGUCCUGUCGGGAGGGAGGUUUGUGUAUGCCUCGUUGAUUCGUCUUCUGGUCCUCAAGUUUGUGCUGAGCAUGUCUGCCAGCAAAGAUGUCCUUGCCCUUGCUUCUCUUGAGGUUGACCUAUCCAGUAUUGAGCCUGGGUCCACUGUCACAGUCAAGUGGCGUGGCAAGCCUGUUUUCAUCAAGCGUCGGACUGAGGAAGAUAUUAAGCUGGCCAACAGCGUCGAUCUCGCUUCUCUCCGUGACCCACAGGAAGAUGCCGCAAGGGUUAAGAAUCCUGAAUGGCUUAUUGUAAUUGGUGUCUGUACCCAUCUGGGAUGCAUUCCUUUACCGAAUGCUGGUGACUUUGGUGGCUGGUUUUGCCCGUGCCAUGGCUCGCACUAUGACGUCUCUGGUAGGAUCCGCAAGGGGCCUGCACCAUACAAUCUGGAGGUGCCAACUUACAGCUUCCUUGAGGAGAACAAGUUGAUGAUAGGGUGAGAAUUGCUAGAGAAUUACUUUUUGAAGCAUUUUUUCAUGGUAAAAUGUCAUAAUAGACUCGUUCCUUUACAGCUGAUGAAGUCAGGAUGGCGAUUUUUUUAACCUUUUGUUCUCUCCUUCUGUUCACCCAACGCAUUUUAUAUUUGGAAAUUGUAUCUGCAUUUUUCUGGCUCUAAUGCUCUCAAUAAUACAUCUGAAUAUUUGUUGAGGAUUUUCAAUUUAGUGUGAAUUAUAGUUCAUUUGAUGAA